UCAGCUGUAUAAGUGGUGAAAGGCGACAUAAUCUUCCCACAUUAAGAUCUGGACUGAGAUUGAGACACAUAUUAAGGGCCUGGAGACGCACUCAGUUGGAAGACAACUUAAGUUUCCUAGAAGCAGCAUGUUAAAUCCCCAGCAGCAAGGUGAGCUCCUCCUGCAUGAUCACCCUCCAGUAUUUGGGAAGCCGUGGUACUGGCAGCGCAGCAGCAGCACCAUGGAGAGCACCCGCAGCCUGGCACUGGUCAUAAUGGAGAUGCGCGACGAGAUCAAGAAGCUGGAGGAGGAGAACCGAGAGCUGCGAGGGGAAUGUGGUCAGCAUUCAGCAACAGGAGGACAAGCCAGCAAGGAGUCCAUCCCUGUAAUUGAGCAAAAGGAAAUGUUGGAAAAUCCUUAUGGCAACCUGAGAAGGAAUACGUCUGCGCCCGUCCUAGAGGGACAAUACAAGGAAAAUACUGCCAUGACUGUAAGAAGGUACUCCACAACCUCCAAACCCCCUGAACUGACAGAAAGAGAUCGUAGAAUUGACAAGAGCCUACAAAGUAACUCAGGUUGGGACAGACUACAUGAAGACGUGUUUGGAGAAGAAGAGGAUACCAACAGCCAGCACUCUCUGAAGGAUUUCAUCCAUAAAAACAGAGCCAAAGUAAAGACUGUGACCUUCCUUCUGCCAGUUGAUGAUAUUUACACCAGCCGGCCUGUUCUGACCAAACACCAAGAGGAGUCCAAAUUCACUGGCCUGGCUUCAAUAGCCGAGACAGAUUCUUGAAAAACACUUAAAAAUCUUGGGACGCAUCACUGGUAGAGGUUGAAAGUACAAACUGGAACUCUGCAGCCUCAUUUUUUUUCUUGCCCUCCUUAACUAGGUCACUUUAGAUUGGGCUCCUAAUGAGUAAGUAAGCAAACCGAUUUUUAUCACACCUGACCAAGAAACUGGAGUCUCUGAUUACAGGUGUUAUUUUCAUUUGGCCAUGGCAAUCUAUGCCUAGUCAACAGUGAUGAGACACGGGCCCCACUGCAGAAAGGAUCAGGUUUCCAGACUCCUCUCCCGGCCUGGGCUGUGGUUUCAGGGUGACACGUGUGGCAGUCCUUUCAGACUCAGCUUUGGUUGCUAACUCAGGCCAUGCAAGCAAUGUCCCAUUUUUUAUUUAUUUAUUCCUUUUUUUUUUUACAAAGUAAACUUAAAACAUAUAGCCAAGCUAAACUGUAACUCCUAUAUUUCAUUGUUCCUGAAGAUUUGCUAUAACCCACCUAAAUUUGAAAGGCUUAAACGCAGCAGCAAAUUGUGUCCAUGAUCAGGAAGCUUUUUCAAAAAUAACUCACACAUAUUAUCAAAAUUUUACUGUUUAAAAGCUAAAAAUAAAAUAUAAAAUGAUUGGUUUCCUUAAGAAAAAUUGAGCCACAUGUUUUUUUUUCUAAAUCAGAAUAUUUUUGUUGUUGGUAUAAAUAAAGAUUUUUAAUGUUCCUUAAUGCGUACUGUAUGUCUUUCACUGAAAUUAGAACUUUACAAAGUAUUUAGAUUCUAGUUGUUUAAAAAACAAGAGGUUUAUAUUAGGCUCAAACCUGAACAUAUUACUAUGUGAUUUUUGUAGGAUAUAGUCUUCUAUUAUAAGACACAACAGUUUGUGAUAUCAAAGAAAUUCUGCUUUGGUUUAAAGACAUUUUCUAUAUCUAAAGGAAUAUACACUAUAAAUUCUGUUGGAAUAUUUGCUAGAAUGUUUGGUGAAUAACCUUGGAGUAAAUAUAUCAUCACAUCUAAUUAAAAAAAUAGUACAAGUUGGCCUAGUCAAGUUUCUUGUUACGGCCAAAAUCACAUUUAAUUUCCAGUUAUUGCAUUUUCCAUGUUUGAAAUUUCAGUGUUUAGAUUUUCAGUGUCUUAAUUUUCAGUACCAGGACUAACAUUCAGUAUCAAUCCAAGCUGUCACUGAUUUAUCCAUUUUUAUUUGCAAAGUAUUUAGAUAACCAUGUAUCUUUGUCCCCCAAAUUAUUAUUUUUUGUCUAAUAGAUAAAGCCCACCAAAAUAUGUUGUUGUAAUAGGACAAAAUGUUCUUCAGAUUUAGAACUGACUUUGCAUUGGCAUUGUAUGAUUGGACCUGUUCUGAUUACUUGCUUCAGUAAGACCAUAUGUAAAAUGGACUUUACUAAAUCCAGCCACCUUACGGUGGCUUUGGCACGGCUUUGGCAUUUCAUCAAUCAUUCUAAAAAAAGGAUUUUUUAGAGGUUGAUUCAGGGCAGGCUUUUAAAAGCUGUUGCGUCACUUUUUUCCCCAUCAAAAGACUAUAUUUUAAA